CGCAAAAACGGUUGCCGUGACAAUCAGUGAAGCCCAAUGGGAAGAUGUGCUCUGGGACCGGGAGGAGGACGAAAAAGCUCAAAAGGAAGUGGCACAAGCGAAGGAAAGAGAAAGCAAUGGCGAGAACGACGACAUUUUUGUCUACGGGCUUGAAGAUAUACCUAUUAAACGCAGAGGAGAUUGGACUGGUGUAGACAGAGAUCGACGUUCUGCGUUCUUAAUUAUUGGAGCUCUGAAAUCAGAAGGAAUUCUUUGAGAUAUACAGUAGAGCUCAGUAGAGCCAUGCGAGCCCAUGCGCUGUGACCUGUCAGCCGCAGCGCAUGCGCAUGUUAUUUCAAUUUGGCCCCUCGCUCGAGUCAUUUAGCGCGCAACAGAACUUGGACAUGAAUGAUAUCUUUUCCUCCACCUUGGUCUAUUCCUGUUUCCAAUGUCUCGCUUAUCCACUCGCUGCAGCGUAAAUCUAAAUAGGACGCAAUAUAUCUUCCGGAAAUGCUCACGAAGAAAUGAAUCAACCGCUUUACACUUCUAUCAGAACAAGCAGCUCGAACUUUACGCUUCGAAAGAACCGAAGCCAAUGACUCUUCGGCAACUUGUGUUUUUUGGUCGUUCAAUGGAUGAGGAUCGGUUGGUCAAAAGUGCGAACUACGUCCGUACCGAGCUCCCUGUGCGGAUAGCCCAUCGACUACGAGACCUUCAGAAACUCCCAUAUAUUGUAGUGACUCAAGAAGGCAUCGCAAAAGUCUACGAGGUAGUUUUCACUGCCUCUACUAGGUUCAGGAAGUACCCACCAAUAACAAACAUCAAGGAAAACGAAGCCUUUUGUGAAUUUCUAGCCGGACUUCUGGAUGAGCACGCUAUCGUCAUCCCAAGUUUAUCCUUAGGGAUGUCAUUGUCUUCUCCAUACUUAGCUCCCGAUGAUCUUGAUUCGUUCAUGCGUCGCAUGCUCGUCUCUCGGAUAUCUCGUCGUGUCCUUGCUCAGCAUCAUAUUGCUCUAUCAGAAAAUUACGCAGGCAAAAAGAAACCUUGGGAAUCUGCUGAACCGAACGUAGGCAUAAUCACUACGGGGUUGAAUGUUAAGGCUAGUAUCGAGAAGUGUGCAAAUCUCCUUAGACACCAGUCGUUGGAGGCUGAGGAUGCGGGAGGGAAUGCCGAGAUCCCGGCGGAGGUUGUCAUUGAAGGGGAUGUUGAUAUGAGGUUUUCUUACAUACGGGAACAUUUGGAGUACAUCGUCUUCGAGCUGCUAAAAAAUUCAAUACGAGCCACAAGGCUAAACCAAGCAGGCUCUGUAACUCUACCUCCAAUAACAGCCACUAUAGCAGCGGGAGACAAUGCUGUUGGCAUACGAAUUUCAGAUCAAGGCGGAGGUCUAAUCACCGUACAAAAUCCAGUCCAAAACCCAUCUGAUCUGUUCUCCUUCUCCCACAUACGAAACAGUGCACGGAUGGAACAUUCACGUUUGAUAUCACUUCGUACUGCGAGCUCUUAUCGUCGGGGUAUCUGGGCUACAGUGAACGAACAAGUCGAGAACUGGAACCGCUCACCCGACCCAGAAAAGGAUGCUGGAGUUGGCAGGCAUGCGAGAAUGGGUAUCGGAUUGCCUAUGAGUAAUAUCUUUGCGACAUAUUUCGGUGGGUCGUUGGAUUUGAAGAGCUUAGAUGGCUAUGGGACUGAUGCCUACGUCCGCCUGCCAAAACUGGGAACUAAUCUCGAGGCGGUGAAUUUUUAG